AUGAAUCGAUUGAUUCUUUUUUUAAUACUUUGUUUUACUUUCUUAUUAAUUAUACAAAAAUCCAGUGUACAUGCUGAUACAUGUUUACAUAAUGAACCUUCAAAAUGUACACAAGCUGAUAAUGCAAAUGGAAUAACAGAUCAAGAAAAUGAUCAAUGUAAUAAUUUAUGUAUUAAUGCAGGACAUGUAUCAGGACAUUGUUCAAUAUCAUCAGAUUGUUUUCAAUAUUGUUUAUGUCAAGAAAAAGGAUCGUAA